AACAUGUCGUGGAGAAGCAACGUCGGCCAGACCGGUGCGAACACGAUCCCACUGGGCAAGCGCCGCUUCGGCGAUGACGACUCCCCAGCCGCACCCGAGGCUCCGCGCGAGAUGAAGCGUGGCCGCAGCCCCGAGCGCAGAGUACCAGAGCUCAAUCCGGAUGGCACGAAAAAGCGUCGCAAGCGCAAUCGAUGGGGAGAUGCAUCGGAUAACAAGGCUGCGGGUCUCAUGAAUCUGCCGACUGCGAUCACGGCGCCCAUGACCGCUGAGCAGUUGGACGCUUAUGUUACUCAUUUGCGCAUCGAGGAGAUCAGUCAGAAGCUGCGCAUCAAUGAUGUUGUGCCUGCUGAUGGCGAUCGCUCUCCCUCCCCUGCGCCUCAGUACGACAACUUCGGCAAGCGUGUCAACACCCGCGAAUACCGAUACAGAAAGAAGCUGGAAGAUGAGCGGCACAAGCAGAUUGAGAAGGCGAUGAAGAUCAUCCCGAGCUACCACCCGCCAGCUGACUACCGUCGGCCUACGAAGACCCAGGAGAAGGUCUACGUGCCCGUAAACGAUUACCCAGAGAUCAACUUUAUUGGACUCCUCAUUGGUCCUCGUGGUAACACGCUCAAGAAGAUGGAAACUCAAUCAGGCGCCAAGAUUGCGAUUCGUGGAAAAGGUUCUGUCAAAGAAGGAAAGGGCAAAUCUGAUGCUGCUCACUCAAGCAACCUGGACGAAGAUCUCCAUUGUUUGAUCAUGGCGGACACGGAGGAGAAGGUUAACAAGGCGAAAGAGUUGAUUCACAAUGUCAUUGAGACUGCUGCUUCCAUUCCCGAGGGCCAGAAUGAGCUCAAGCGUAACCAGCUUCGAGAACUCGCUGCACUCAAUGGAACCCUUCGAGAUGACGAGAACCAAGCCUGCCAGAAUUGCGGCGAAAUUGGCCAUCGCAAGUACGACUGCCCACAGGAGCGCAACUUCACUGCCACUAUCAUCUGUCGUGUGUGCGGCAACGCUGGACAUAUGGCUAGAGAUUGCCCUGAUCGCUCUCGUGGCAGCGACUGGCGCAACCUGCCUCCUCGCGCACCUCAGAACGCUAUCGACAACGACUACGAGAAUUUGAUGAAGGAGCUUGGUGGCAGCGAGACCGCCAACGCCAAUCGCCAGAUCGGAUGGGAGGAAGGAGCUGCUCCUCAAGGAGGCAAUGGAGGACCGCCACCAAGACAGCCAGCGCCCUGGGAGAAGCCAGCUGGCGGUCCAGCGCCGUGGCAGCAGCGCCAACAACCAACAGGAGCUCCUGCGCCAUGGGCCAACCGUGGUGGACAGGACAAUCAUCAUCAAGGCGGUGGAGGCUACAAUGGAGGCUACAACGGAGGCUACAACGCCGCUCCGCCGAGUGGAGGUGCUCCGCCGUGGGCCCGAGGUGGCAAUAGUGGCGGCGGGGGCGGCGGAGGUGGCCCAGCACCAUGGCAGCAACCUCAGCAAUAUCAACAGCAGUCUUACCAGAGCUAUGGUGCCCCACCGGGUAUGGGCGGCUAUGAGGCCCCACCGCCACCGCCACCCAGCGGAGGAUACGACUCUAUUCCUCCACCUCCUCCGAGCGACAUUCCGCCUCCACCACCUCCGGCCUGAUCCGAGC